CGUCCGCUGCGGCACCCGUGACGUCACUCCACGCCCGCGUCGCGUGACGUCACUGCAGCUGCCGGCGCCGCCGCCAUGGAGCGGGAAGUGGCGGAGCUGCUGUCCGCGGCGGGGGAGCAGCUGUCGGCGCGGCGGCUGUCGGCGGCAGAGGAGCUGUACAGCCGCUUCAUCGCCCGGUGCCCCGCAGGCGCCCACCGCGACCUCGCCACGGCCCUCAACAACCGGGGCCAGGUCAGGUACUUUCGCGUGGAGUUCGCCGCCGCCAUGGAGGACUACACGGCCGCCAUCGAGUGCCAGCCCGGCUUCGAGGUGCCCUACUACAACCGGGGCCUGGUGCUCUACCGGCUGGGAUACUUUGAUGAAGCCAUGAAAGAUUUCAGGAAAGUAUUAGAGUUAAACCCCCAGUUUGAAGAUGCUUCAUUGAGUCUAAAGCAGGCUAUUCUUGAUAAAGAAGAAAAACAAAAGCGAGGUUAUUGAAAACACAGCUAAUGGUAUGAAAAUGUUUUGCUAAACACAUCAUUUUAUGUGUCACUGAUGGAUGAAGCACAAGACCAUUUACAUCUGUUACGCCUUACAGAAGACACCUCAUUCUUGGGUAAACAAGUUAAAAAUGGAUUGUGGUUGAAGAAAAGAUAUUUUUGGUUAUUGUUAGUGCUGAGGAAAAGCAUAAUAUUAGAUCUCUGUGAGAUAUUUGCACAGAUUUUGUACAGAAGUGCUUUGUAAAGGUGUCAGAAGGUCAGUAACAGCAAAUGAAGUCUGUAGUUCUCUUAAUAAAACUGCUCUCUUUCACAGGCUGUUGUAAACAGUCUUUCAUGGGAAGGAAAAGUGAAACUAUAUAGAACAUUUAAAUACUUGUGAGAAGUACAGUGAUUUAAUAAUAGUAGUGUUUGUCCACAUUUAAAUGUCAGUUUGAUUGAGACAGCAGUGGAGUUGCUAAUGAUAAGGUGUUCUUCUGUUAACUGAGUUUCUUUUCACUCCAGAAUGUUUUUAUAUUGAGAAAAAAAUAACAGGAAGGAGAUCUUUUUUAGGUAACAGCAUCUGUAUGUUGCAGGAGCAAUGUGGUGUAACAAUUCAGUCCUUUCUACACACAUUCAUUCCUAGAGGCAGCUUUAAAUUACUUACACAGGUUGAGGUCAGAACAUACCAUUUUUUGGUAAUCCCAUUGUAGAGGUAUUUGACAGAUUAAUAACUGGAUGAAUAAAAAUGAACAUGUACUUUUUAUCUUAUAACUGUAAAGAGCUUGUGGCAGAGAAUGUAGCUGGGCUAUUUACAGUAGGAUUUGUCUUUUUCCUUUUAAUUGAAAAGGUUAUUAUUUUUAUUUUUAAUACCAUAUGAAAUCAGUCUGAACUGGCUGUGAAUGCUCAGGCAGCUUCACUUCUCACCUGACUGGAGAGAGUUUUGCUGAAGUAUAUAAAUCAUCAAUAAGAAACACUCUUGCAUGUUCCUAGCAAUACAAGUUCUAGUAAAAGAAAAACUCUUUGACUGCCCACAUGAGCAUUUUGACUUUUUAAAUAAUAAAUUAUGCUAAUGAACA